CUUUGUGUUUAUUCAUUCUUAUUAUUAUUUCCCCUUCUUCUUUUGACUCCGCGAUGGCGGGACAACAGCAUCUGCGCAAACUCGUGCAGCGGCAGGUCUACUCGUGCCUGUCCGCGCGCUAUGGCGUCGUGCUCGUCCUCGUCUCGCUCGUCAUGCUCGUCGUCUCGGCGCUCCACUUUGGCGAGAGCUGGAUGGAGUGGAGCACGGCCAAGUACGAGGAGCGAUUCUCGGCCUUCACAGACAACUUGGCGGGCCGAUCGUUCCAGGCCAGACUGUGCUCGCCAAUGCCGAUCGAUAUUGUAUACACAUGGGUCAACGGAAGCGACGAAAAGCUCAUUGCUGAUCUCAAGCGCGUCAAGGCUGCGCUGGCUGCCGGAGCUCAUCCCGAUCGCGCCCUCUCUGCUGCUGCUGCCAACGGCACGCUGCUGGCUAGCACCGACGCAAACGGCAGUCAGGUUCUGGUAGACGGUGCGAGCGUGGAUGGCAGCUUUGGCUCGGUCUCGAUCGCUCCGGCCGUGGCCGAGUCGCACGCUCUCAACCGCCGCUUGCACGAAGCCAAGCUCGCCACGUCAAUACUCGCCGCCACUCCGUCAUCAUCUUUGAACGCGUCUGAGACCUCGCCGGCGUCGUCAAUACACGGCAUGAAUGCCACUGUAUCUGGUUCUCCUGCCGCAUCGAAUGCCUCCGUCGUCACCGAAAGCGAAGAAGCGUCUGCGAGUCGAUUCCAAGACAACGAAGAACUCCGAUUCUCUUUGCGAUCGCUCGAAACCCACGCGCCUUGGGUCAGAAAUGUCUACGUGGUCACCAACGGCCAGAUUCCAAACUGGCUGAACUUGGACCAUCCUCGCAUGCACCUCAUCACACACGAGGACAUUUUCGUGAACAAGACACACCUUCCCACCUUCAGCUCUCCCGCGAUCGAGAGCCACAUUCAUCGCAUUCCGGGCUUGUCUGACAAGUUCAUCUAUCUCAACGACGAUGUCAUGUUUGGCAGCGAUGUGUGGCCGGACGACUUUUACACGCACGCCAACGGCCAAAAGGUCUACCUCUCGUGGGCCGUUCCCAACUGCAACGAAGGGUGCCCCUCGAGUUGGUUGGGCGACAAGUACUGCGACGCUGCGUGCAACGUCAGCUCCUGCGAUUGGGACAAUGGAGAUUGCACGAACGUGACAACAGCGCAGAACAGCCGAUUUGGCAGCUGGACGGGUAGCACCACCUCCGCCAGCGCCACCACAUUCUGCGCGCCUGGAUGUCCCGACACCUGGAUUGGAGAUCGAUACUGCGACAAUCCCUGCAAGAACCUGGCCUGCGGCUUUGAUGGCGGCGACUGUGGAUUGCAAGUCAUUCAAGACGAGGUUUUGAGCUACAACCUAACCGAGCAGGUGAAUUAUAUUGUGGUCGAGCCAAACACCCCCGCCAUCUUUAUCAACCUUCGAUCACACUUUGGCGAUGCCAAAAUCGUGGAAGGCUCGCACGACAAUGGCGUGGCUGUACGCACGGCCAUCAUCUCGCAAAAGUUCAAAAUCAUGAGCAUCACCUUCCACCGCAACGUUUCAGCAGAGGUCACCAAUGUCACGGUGGCUGCAGAAGUGAAUGGCACCACCGUCGCCAAGCACUUUUUGCUGGCCACAGUCACCAAUCCAGACCAUUUGUCGCUGGCCCACGACUUGUUUGUCAACCUCACUAUGUCUCCCCCGCCAAUCUUGCCCCUCAAUAUGCUUCCAGCGAAGAACAUUUCCACUGCGCAAGAAACCACUUCAACAAACCACACCACGCCUCUGAACGGCACUAGCGCUGCGACUCCAACAUCUGCCUCCUCGCUCCUAGACCGCACGCCUUCCCCGAGCCCAUCUGCAAUAGCCGUCAAGGACGAGGACGACGAAAUCCCUUUGAAUUACUGGGAAAUUGGCACUCCCUCGAGUUCCUCGUCGAAUACGACCAACCCCACCUUUCAAGAAGUCGACUUGCUGAUUGAACGGACCUUCCCGAAUCUGGACCUUGCCGUAGUGUCGACAGACGUUUUGACGCUCAUGCUUGAGACCCGCGAGAGUUAUGUUCAAGGCGACCUGACCGAGCGCGGAUUUAUCAAACGCAUGACAGCGCUGCUUUUGCUGCCCGAUCAUGUUGUCGACAAGCCAGCCACCCCUCUGGACGCGGGCGUAGACAGCUACGCGUUCGACAACAGCUCUACGGUUGCCGGUGGGCGCAAGCUGCAAUGGCUCGACAGCGCCCAACUGGCAGUUGGCGCGCUUGCGGCUGCCGGCGUGGCUACAUCCUCUCAAUCUGACAGUGUGCUGCAACAAGCGCGAGCGGCUGUGCUAGAGCGCGCAAGGGCAACCGGAUUGGGCCAAAAGCGAGCUCGCGAGACGCCCAAUCACCGGCAGCAACAGGAUGAACCCACUUUUGACGAGCGCUUUGUGGCUGACUGGAUUGCAAACGCCAAGCAAAAGCAGCUCUCGCUCGCCGAUGACCUGCAACAAAGUGUGCAGCAAUGGGAGGCAGAGCACGGGAACCGUUUUGGCGACCGGGACGAGGUAUUCUACCGAGGAAAAUUCCCCUGGGAGAAGCAGCGCAUGUUCCCGCUGGAUUGGGAGAAGCAUCUGUCGCCGGAAGAGUUGCUGCUGUUGGACGACGUGCAUCUGGAUGAUCUCCAGCGAGCUGUUCGCCAGACACUUCGUCGCCAACAGUUGCACCAAGAAGGGCGUGCGACUGGGCGCAAGCUGCUGGACACGUUCGGAGACUCGCUCAAACACGUCAACAAGCUGUACAACAAAAUGUUUGGCGCCAUCCCGCGCAAGGUUCCCGCGCACAUGCCGCACAUGAUUGACCGCCACAUCAUGACCGAUCUGCAGGCAACGUUCCCCGAGGAAUUCGACAAGACGUCUUCACACAAGCUCCGAGCUUCCGACGACAUGCAGUAUGGCUUUUCGUACUUUUACUACAUGAUGGGCGAUCCUGAAGAAUUCAAUCUUGAGCGCAUCUUUGGUGAUUUCGACACCAAUCACGACGGUGCUCUCAAUGCCAACGAAGUUCGCAACCUCGCGGCGCGUAUUUAUGACCUGCCCAUCACCGCAACCGUGAUGGAGCAGCUGUUCGGCACAUUGUACAAUUGCAGCAUGAACAUUACACUUUUGGCAACCGAAUCGGCACACACCAACGGCUCAGUGCCCGUGAGCAAAGCCCCACUUCCGGAAAGCACAUCCGUCCCGGCAACGUCAGGGCCCGCUCUGAGUGUUGAAGAACGUGCAGAGGCGGCGCUGCGAGCCAAACGCGACGAGCGUGCUUCCGCCGAGGCUGCUUCCGCUGCGUCUGCCAGCACCGACGCCUCACCCUCAGCAUCUCCCAUCGCACCACCGCCCGCGGAUGAUCACACCUAUCAUCUGCAUUUCCGGUCGGAUGCACCCCCAAUCACCGCCGCCGUACUGCAAAUGUGCCCUCCAAUUUUGCGCAAACUGCAGGAUGCCAAGCGGUCGCACUACAAGUAUGAAAUUCUUGAUGGCGAAGGCAAGGACGUCGCCUUCAAGAUGAUUCGUGACGAUCUGACGCACGUCUACAAGCAGCUCGAUUCGAUUCGCAAGGCACGCAACAAGUUUGUCUGCCUCAACGAUAACAUUGAUCACAGCAAGAACGACAGUUACAAGAUUGUUGCUGCAUUGCGCGACUUUUACGAGGGUCUCUUCCCGGUGCCAUCGGCCUUUGAGCUGCCAGCAGGAACUCGAAACCGCUUUUUGCAUGCCAGCGAACUUCGCGAAUGGCAACGUGCCAUGACCUGGAGGAGAACAUUGUAUCACAUGGCGCUGGGCGCGCUCAUUGCCGUGGUAGGCGCGGUUCUCUUCCAUUCUCGCGUUCGAAGAGCCUUCCAGGCAAUGCGGCUUCGCUGGCAAUGGUUCCGACGGGAGUCUCGUUCGCGCAAGCUGUUGAGUGUGUGAAAAUACUGGUGGCAUUUUAUUUUUUGAUCUUUUUUUUUUUUGUUUGUUUGUUUGUGGAUUUCUUUUUCUUGUCAUGGUGUUCUCGUGUUGAUGUCCAAGUACACAAUAUCACAUUGGUUUCAGA